GGGAAAAAAAAAAGUCUUGGACUUGACUGAUGGAUUUUUUUUCCCUUUACAUAUAGGCGCUGGCUGAUAGAUACACUCUCCUCAGCUGAGGACCUAAUGCCAUGAUACCAGGUAGAUUUUCAUGUGCCUCUGGCUUGCGUGCUUUAACUUUCUCGCCACGGCCCCAUCUCCUCGUGCAAGUUGGCACUCGCCCCUCGUCAUCCCUCUCCGCUGUCCACCGCGGCUUGAGACAGUCCGAGCGGCUGGAUCGCAAGAGCUACAGUGCCCAGCGUGGCUCUUCUGUCACCAGGGACGGCGAUGCACGGCCGCCGAGAACGGGGAGGCCCCGGGCGGGUGUGAACGGCGACCGCUUCGAGAAGGUCGAUUUCAAGAUCCGGAAGGGGAAGAAGGAUAUCGCCGAGCCGCCCAAAUUCAAACCGCAGUCACGCAGCGCCAGGUUUAAUGAUCCCACGAAUUCCUUUGGCAAGAAUAGCCUGGUGUAUAAACUCAAGAGCGGACAGCUCAGAGACGAGCUGUCGGCCCUUCACAACAAGGAUCUGAAAGCGGCGCAGACUGAUGAGGAUUUCUGGCGCAGCUCCAAGCGCGCGCCAACCUCAAGGUCGCGGAGCGUCCCGCCCAGCCGAGGAACAGCGAGGCCUUCACCCUCAGGGUCCUUUUGGGAUCGCCGCGGUCGGGUGGGCUCUCGCAUGCGUGGCGAGACCUCUUCAGCAGGCGAUUUCAGGGAUUAUAGGCCAGCAUCAGAGGGAGUUGGAAGACCAGCUAUGGACGGCCGCGGCGAUCGCACCCGGGACUCGGCAGGGGCUCGCAGUAGCGACGGUGACGCACCUCGCAGCCGCGACUUUGGCGCCCCUCGCAGCCGCGACGGUGACGCUCCUCGCAGCCGCGACUUUGGCGCCCCUCACAGCCGCGACGGUGACGCCCCUCGUAGCCGCGACGGUAACGCUCCUCGCAGCCGUGACUAUGGCACCCCUCGCAGCCGGGACUCGGAAACUCCUCGCGGUCGUGAGGUUGACGCUCCGCGCCGUGGCGAGUAUGACACACAUCGCAGCCCCGAGUAUGACGGCGCCCGCAGCCGCGAUUCGGAAGCUCCUCGUGUUCGCGAAAAUGGCGCUCCUCGCAGUCGCGAGUAUGACAGCCCUCGCAGAAGCAAGUAUGAUGCCACCCGCAGACGAGAAUAUGGCACCCCCCAGAGUCGUGACGAUGACGCUCCUCGCAGCCGCAAAUACGACGCCCCUCGCAGCAGCGGCCAUGACGCCCUUCGCAGCCGCGAAUAUGACACUCCCCGCAGUCAUGAACGUGACGCUCCCCGCAGCCGAAGUGCGGAAGGGUAUCGCACCGAAGACCAUCAGAGGUUCGGAGAUGACCCAGAGCCGAUCGUGGCAACCAUCAAGUACACUACCGCCGCCUCACAGUUUCUGUAUGGCAAGUUUGUGGUGGAAGAAGCGCUGAGGGCGUCCCGGAGAAAGCUGUAUCACCUUUACAUCUAUGGAGGCGCGAACCGCGAAAACGUCGGGCGGGACAUGGCCAUCGAGAGGCUGGCGGAGAAAAAGGGUGUCAAGGUGACGACGCUUGGGGAGCAGGAUCAGAAGCUCAUGGCCAAGAUGAGCCAGGGCCGCCCUCACAACGGCUACAUCUUGGAGGCAUCGCCGAUCCCACAGCCCCCGGUCACGGCACUCGGACCUUUGGUCACCGAGGAGAGCGAGAGCGGCGGCGUCAACAGCAACUCGUUCAGCAUUGUGCUGGGGCACCAGACAGCCGAAGACCUGGCGAUAAACGGCAAGGACACCACCGUCCAUGCCCGCGGCGGCCAGCACAAGCCUCUCGUCCUUCUGCUCGACCACGUUCUCGACCCGGGCAACCUUGGAGCCAUACUUCGGACGGCGAGCUUCCUCGGCGCGAGCGCGGUCGCCAUCUCGACCAAGAGCUCGGCGACCUUGUCGCCCGUGGCGCUCAAGUCGUCAGCGGGGGCGUCGGAGAGCAUUCCGCUCUUCGCGGUCGACUCGCCCGUCAGCUUCCUGGAAGGGUCCAAGGAGGCGGGCUGGAAGGUCUAUGCGGCCGUGGCUGCACACUCGGGGUCACACCACCGCGAGCACGCCGACGUCUAUAGCGUCGAGGAGGGCGACCCGCUCGCGUCCGACCCUUGCAUUCUCGUCGUGGGCAGCGAGGGUGACGGGCUGCCGCGGAUGCUCAAGGCCAAGGCCGACACGGAGAUCAGCAUCCCGAACCAGUCAGACUCGCUCACGGUGGAUAGUCUGAACGUCAGUGUCGCCGCCGCCUUGCUCUGUUCGGCCUUCAUGAGGGGGCGCAACCGGCUGGCAGCGCAGCGCCGGCCUGGCGGACCGGUCAAGAGUGAAGAGUUGGGGAUAUGGUCCUGAUGGAUGAUGGAUGUUGAGGCAACUCAUUUUCGUAUAGGGCCAUCUGUCUGUAGGAUAAAAUGUACUGCAAUGUGGGCUAUGAUGCUCGGAGAAAAUGGUUAGACGGCUCUUUACGGGAAUACCACCACUAUCUGUGAUACAGCAUUUCAAAG